AAUCUGCAGAGCAUUGUUACUGAUCUUAUGAAGCAGGUGACCAGUGGCAGGACGUUCAUCACUGACACAACCUCAGAGUUGACAAGUGAUGUGCAGGGGGCUAUUCUGCAACUCCAGGCUGGACGUGAGAAGCUCCAGAGUACAGCCAGCCCGCUGAGGGAACAUCGCAUGAAGGAACAAAGUCAUAUUGAGACCACAGAGUUAAGUGAUGUGCAGGGGACUGUCCUGCAACUCCAGGCUGGACGUGAGAAGCUCCACUGUACAUCCAGCCCACUGAGGGAACAUCGCAUGAAGGAACAAUGUCAUAUUGAGACCACAGAGUUGACAAGUGAUGUGCAGGGGGCUGUCCUACAACUCCAGGCCGUUCGUGAGAAGCUCCAGAGUAAAGCCAGCCCGCCGAGGGAACAUCGCAUGAAGGAACAAAUUCAUAUUGAGACCACAGAGUUGACAAGUGAUGUGCAGGGGACUGUCCUACAACUCCAGGCUGGAUGUGAGAAGCUCCACAGUACAGCCAGCCCGCCGAGGGAACAUCGCAUGAAGGAACAAAGUCAUAUUGAGACCACAGAGUUAAGUGAUGUGCAGGGGACUGUCCUACAACUCCAGGCUGGACAUGAAAAGCUCCACAGUACAGCCAGCCCGCUGAGUGAACAUCACAUGAAGGAACAAAGUCAUAUUGAGACCACAGAGUUGACAAGUGAUGUGCAGGGGUCUGUCCUGCAACUCCAGGCUGGGCAUGAGAAGCUCCACAGUACAGCCAGCCCGCUGAGGGAAGAUCACACGCAGGAACAAAGUCAUAUUGAGCACCUGUACAAGACUAUGAAGGAGCUGGAUGAGAAGAAGGCAGACAAGAAGGCAGUGCAAAUUGUAAAAAGCAUUAAAGCAGACAUGCAGGCACUGGAUACCAAGGUCCUCCAGUGUGAUACAAAAACAGUGAUGCUGAACAGGACGUUUCAGGAUCUACUGACUGGACUUGAGGAUUAUUGUCAUAAGGUUUUUGAGAAGAUCUUCAGGGAACUGGAUUGCAAGUUGAACUACACUGAGCUGGAUCUUAUGAAGAAGCAGCUAGAGCUAGAUUGUCAGAUGAGAAUUCACAAGGAGCUACAGCUGCAACGUGCCCCAGAAAGAGAUGAUGCUGCUGGUCUCAAGAAACAGCUGACAAAAUUCAACUGCCUCUCCUGUGGCCGCUGUGUCGAAAUGAAUACUCCUGGACCACGCUUGCUGGUUUUGCCUGAGCUUCCAAGUUUACUCUCUCCAAAGGACCACAGGAGGCUGAGGACAUGCACUAAACUGGACCAGUAUGAGCAAUCACCUACAGAGUGGAGUAUGGAACAAACCAUGAUUUUCAGAGUGAGGGACGGCUGUGGUUUCAAUGGGCAUAUCUACAAUACUAGUGAAGUGAGAGUGCCCACCAUCUCCCCCAAAAAAGGCUACUGCAAAAACAAGGAGAUGGUUAACCGCAGUCAGUUGCUGACACCUAGUGGAAGAAAGCCAGUCCGACUAUUGCCAUUAAGACCACAGCAACCCCAGACCCAACUCAUCUGCCAUGGUUCAAACUGCUUGGAGAAAGAUAAGCAAUGGUUCAUUGAGGACUCCAUUCCACAGACCCUUCAGUGCAGUCAGCCAAGAAAACCUGAUGGCAAUAAUGACUAAAUAAAUACACAAGAUAACAUUUUACAAUAAUGGUACAUUAGUAAAUGGCAGUUAUGUAUGAACUUAUGUAUUACAUAAAUAAGCUAGUGUUCUGUUACACCCUCUUUACUGUCAGGGUGAUGAGAAUCACCUACAGUGGUGCUUGAAAGUUUGUGAACCCUUUAGAAUUUUCUAUAUUUCUGCAUAAAUAUGACCUAAAACAUCAGAUUUUCACACAAGUCCUAAAAGUAGACAAAGAGAACCCAAUUAAACAAAUGAGACUAAUUUUAUACUUAUAAAUGAUCCACUAUUACAUAUAUUUGAGUGGCAAAAGUAUGUGAACCUCUAGGAUUAGCAGUUAAUUUGAAGGUGAACUUAUAGUCAGGUGUCAUGUUUUCAAUCAGUGGGAUGACAGUCAGAUGUGACUAAGCACCCUGUUUUAUUUAAAGAACAGGGAUCUAUCAAAGUCUGAUCUUCACAACACAUGUUUGUGGAAGUGUAUCAUAGCACGAACAGAGGAGGUUUCUGAGGACCUCAGAAAAAGAGCUGUUGAUGCUCAUCAGGCAUGAAAAGGUUACAAAACCAUCUAUAAAGUGUCUGCACAUAGUCAUAAGCUGUUAUCUAUUGAGCUCCAUAAGGUGUACAUGUUAUGACACAGACUUGGAGCAGGAUGCAAGUGAAGGUAAAGUGUCAAUUUAUUAUGAACGCAAAGAAAUCCAAAACACAAGGCAAUAAUCAGCGUGAAUAAACAGUCCAGGGUUGAGCGAUCGAGAAUCAGAGGCAAAGAAAAUAAUCAGAAACAUGGGACGCUCAGUCAAGCAGGGAGGCUGAGCGACGUUCUUCGUUGAAUCGGCAGGCUGAGCAAGAUCCGCAGUAGG